AGGAUAAAGUGCGAGAUGAAAACAGUCAUCUGUAUUCCACAAUCUACCAACAGACAUAUACCGAGUAUCUGGUUUAAGCCGUUGCUGGACGGAGUUGCCGCCCGAAGUUCGGCGGUUGCUCAAACAGCGUUCCCCAGAAAAGAGAGAGUGUGGGUCCCCAUGAGGUUGCGGAGCCGUCCCAAGAGCAACUCGGCCAUUUGGAGUUAAACAGAGCAAAUAUACACUACAAAAACUCUUUACCCAAGAGAAGCCGUAGAGUGCUCCUGCCAGUUGGAAACCUCGUCUGAGCUUUUACACCCAGCUGCUGCCCUUACCAAGUGUCUCUCGCCUUCCACCAUCACCUCACCAACCAUGGCGGGUCACUCUGCGUGUUAGAUUGACACCUAUCUUAAGCCUCCCAUGCGUCGUUCUUUACACUGGAAGCCAUUGAUUCACUUCAGUGAUUGAUCUUUGCACCCACUAUAUUCACAAUAUUAAUAUUUCCUCUCUCUUCGAGAGCAUUUGCCUGCCUGAAAAAUACUUGCUAUUGUUAUUGAGAGCCGGAGCACAGACCUCUUAUCGCACAAAGCAGGCAAUCACGAACCUAAUUAUGAAUUAGAAUGGUGACACUAUAUUCCAGGGUUAAUUCAAUCAACGUGACCACCCGUCACCACUUCUCGACCACUACAAACCCUAAUUCGCGUUCCACGUGUCGACCAACCUCCACCACGCGACUGCCUAUCGGCGAUUAUCGUCAUCUCGAUAUUGAUUCUGAGAUUCUGUUGUGAGGAACCUGAGAAGCAAGUCGACAAUUCACUUGACUUACGACACCUCAUGAUCCUUCGUUUGAUUGACAGAGUCACAUAUUUAUCACCAUCAUCAUCGCAUCACCGCCAACCCGCCCCCACCCAAAGAGCCAUAGUCUCCCAUCGAUUAUUGUGGCUUGAAAGCAAGUCGAACCUUUUAUCUCUGAUGUCAGCAUCCCCGAUUCCUCUUUCUUCUCUGCUCGCAUCGUUAGGCGUUUGGUCUGGUUAUGAGCGGUGUUCAUAGCAAUCAUUAAUAGUAUGCUUAGCAGCAGACAGUUCAGUUGUGACAUGGAAGGGGAAGACGUACACGAUCCCUUUUUGUGGGACGAGGAGCGACUCAUACAAGAACUGUGCCAUUCGAAUCGCCAAUGGAGGGCAAGGGCCCCCAAGCGGCCUCUGGACCUUGCCGCCCUUGAAGCGAAGCUCAGAGAGGGCGGGGUCGAUGGCGCAUCUUUCCUAACUUACCCUGAAGAGUUCGGCAUUCACAACCUGUUUGCAGAAUUGGGCAUCAAGAUAUUGCCCCAUCAACAAUUCUUGCAGCAUAUCAUCAAUGAACUCAAGGAAUCAAGUGCUAGGUAUCGCGAUUACAUACGUCAGCAAGAUGACGGGGACGACCAUGGCAGUACCUACAUCAAGCGAGAGCCUCAUCCGCCCAGUAGCUUUGAGCCUCCAGCCAGAGGAUCUCCAGAUGCCAAGCCCCGUCUGGAUAUGGAUCGCGCAAUGCAGGCUGCGAUUGCCUCUCAACUUGGGGCAUCAGGACCAAGUGGUGUUUUGUCUCCAGCGCUAUCACCUGCUGUGGACCUGCGGAUUGGAGGUCUGGGAGACAUCAACGAAAACCCAGAGGACAACAGCAUCGCAGGGUCGGAACCCAUGGACAUUAAUAGUGCUUCGGACAACAGAAGCCCGGCAGUAGUCGAACAGCAACCUAUCGCCCCAGAAGAACCCCCUCGGAAAAAGAGGAGAGUAGCGCCUGCAUUGAUAUCGUCAGAGCCCAUGCAUGCCAAACCUGACGAAAGAGAAGAAUCUCCGUUGCCAGUCUUUGGUCAGUCUGACGAUGAGGAGAGCAUGGAUUCCGAUGAAUGGGAGGAAUAUCAGCAAGAAAAAGAAGAGCGAGAGAGGAUGAAGGUUCUACGGCAGCAAGAAGCUGCUUCGGUGUUGAGCAACGAUAAAGCCCAGGCUGUCAUUGCAGAUGUCAUCAAGGAACUCGAGGCGCGUUGGGUUGCUGAACAACAGCCCAAACAGGACCGCAGAGCGCACAACAUUUGGGAGAGCGCAAGACGGAACCCAAAUAGAGAAGCCUACAUCAAGUCCAUCAAAAAGCUCAAGGAUGAGGCUGCGAAACGCAUCCCGAAGUUCAGAAAGCAAAUCUUGACGGAGAAGUGGAAGUCUGACGAGAUGCUUCGUAAGAUGGCGUCGGACUACUUGGAGCAGAGCGUCUUCGAGAAAUGCUACCAGUGUUGGCUGCUUGGAGUGCUUGAGAGCCCGAGACGCCCACCCAAGCCUGCCGCUUUGCCUCGGCCAAUGCCUCGGCCCAAGAAACAACAAGAGUUAGCGGAAGACGAAGAGGAUCUGGCCAGCAGCGACUCCGAGACAGAUGACUUCUUGGACGAUAGCGACGACAAGAUCAUGAUUUCAAACGACUUGAUGGAAGUUGAGCCUAUAUCCGACUUUGUACAAGAGCCCGACACCGAUAUGCAAGAUUCUUCACCGGGGAAAAUCAAGACCAAGCUGGCCCUUGCACCCUCAACACCUCGUCGGCUUGCUUCGUCCCGAGAGGUUAUCCUAAUUGAGGAUUCACCCUUGAUCUCACCUACUGAUGUGAUCCCGGAAUUCACCGAUCGACUGAGCCUCGAAAAAAUGGGCGAAAUGGGCACCGAUUAUUGGGCUAAUGCCAAUGAUGCCGAACGUCUUCUCGCAGCCAUCCUUUGUCAAUGGACUGAACAGAAAAGGGAGAGGCUCCUUAAAGUGGUCGGCCCUUUCGGACAUAAGGAGAUUUGGGAAGAGCACUUGAAGCCAGCGAUCGAUAGCAAUGGCACAGUUGCUAGGGUUGGCACAACUGAACUCCUACUCUGUCAACUGUUCGACGCGUUUCUUGAGUGCUCCGCAAAGAGGCUGGCCCGGACAACGAUUCGAAAAAUUACCCUGAGGCAGCUUGAGCAAAGCGCUGGUGUAAAAUUUCAGACCUUCUACAACCAUUUGAAAAAGUUGCUUGUGUUAUUCAGGACCGAAAAGCCACAUUUUGGCCACACAAGGUCUUUGGCGCCCACCACGCCCACAAAGUCUCCGGCAGUCAAAACGCCCAUAAAAAGUGAACCUUCUCAAGUGGUGGCCUCUGAGAAGCCAGUCGAGGAAUUGGUUUCCCAAGACCCAUCCGAAGGAGGGGUGCCUCAAGACCCGGCUGACGCCACGCUCACCCUUGCCGACGAAGUUGAGGCAGUGUUAUCCGACGAGGAAGUGCCGCUAUCUAAGAAGAAACGGAAACGGAAACAGAAAGUUAACCAAGAGGCCAAAAAUCUACGGGUCACUACUCAGCAGCAGCUCGUAGAGUUUGGCCGCCGCCGGCGCCGGUUACACGAAGAAAUUGCUACCAAUGGCAUCGUGCCUAGUACUAUAGCCCGACUCAUCGUCAACGAAACAAAGAAAGACGACGAGCCUUUGAUCUUUAUCAACGCUUACACCGGCAGCAGGAUCAAAGACCAUCAAAUUGAUGGUGUGCGCUUCAUGUGGAACCAGGUUGUGGUGAGUGGUCAGGGCUGCCUCCUUGCGCAUACCAUGGGUCUGGGCAAAACAAUGCAGGUCAUCACUUUGUUGGUGGUCAUUGCCGAAGCAGCAGCGUCCGAUGACCCCGCGGUUGUCGAACAGAUUCCGGAGAAACUACGGCGAUCUAGGACAUUGAUUCUCUGUCCAUCGGGGCUCGUGGAUAACUGGGUUGAUGAGGUGAACAUGUGGGCACCGGAAGGCUCACUGGGACCGGUAUACAAAGUAGACGCAUCAUUGACGGCAUACGUUCGCGUAGAAGUCGUCAAGAAAUGGGCCUCAGGCGGUGGGGUUCUCAUCGUCGGAUAUAGUCUCUUUGGCAACCUCGUUGAGGAUGAGGAGCUGGAGAAGCUUCUGCAAGAAAAACCAAACAUUGUUGUUGGGGAUGAGACCCAUCUCAUCAAGAAUCAGAACACCAAGCGGUCACGAGCAGCCGCACACUUUCACACCAAGAGCCGCAUCGCCAUGACGGGGUCACCACUGACCAACAACGUCAUGGAUUAUUACGCCAUGAUCAACUGGGUUUCGCCGGGCUACUUGUCGGACAUUGAAGAGUUCAGGUCCAGGUUCGGCAAUCCAAUCAAGGAAGGGCUUUAUGCAGAUAGUAACCCUUCGGCAAAGAGGCAAGCGAGGAAACUGCUUGUCAUCUUGAAGGAGACUAUGAGCCCCAAGGUUCAUCGAAGGGACGUUCAAGUUCUCCGAGACGAGCUUCCCACGAAAAAGGAGUUUAUCAUAAUGCUGCCCUUGACCCCGCUCCAGAGGACACUCUAUGAAAUCUACAUCGAGCGUAUCAACAAUCCGACAAUUACGGGUAGCGACAAAUCAUCGGCACAGGUUUGGAGCAUGGUUGCCAAGCUUGGUACUGUCCUGGCGCACCCCAGGAUCUUCAAGACGGUGGCCGAAAGGCAAAAGGACGCCAAGGGAAAGGCGAAGAGCGGGAAAUCCGAGGACGAGGAUGAGCUUAUUUUGCCUCAGGAUAUCCUAAGUGAACUCUUGACCCCGACGACUUGCCGAGACAUUGAUAACGACGCUCACUCGUACAAGAUCGUCGCACUCAUGUUUCUCUUGGGGGAAUUUCGCAAGGUGGGCGACAAGGCACUCAUCUUCACCCAAAGCAUCCCGGCGCUGGACUUUCUCGAGAGCAUCUUCAAGCGGAGGCAGAUCGGAUACCAGCGCCUUGAUGGCCAUACCCCAAUCAAUACGCGUCAAGCAUCAAUCAAUAAGUUCAACAGCAACGAUUCGGCCGACGUGUAUCUGAUUUCCACAAAAGCUGGUGGUGUUGGGCUCAACAUUUAUGGGGCCAACAGAGUGAUCAUCCUGGACUUCAAGUAUUCGCCAACCGACGAACAGCAGGCUAUUGGCCGGGCAUACCGACUAGGUCAGACCAAGCCGGUGUAUGUCUAUUGGUUGAUGAUAGGAGGCACCUUCGAGGCAACAAUCCACAAGAGCGCCAUCUUCAAGACGCAGCUCGCCUCCCGGGUCAUCGAUAAGAAGAACCCGGCCCCUUACGCUACUCGCUUCAAGGAGUACUUUGUACCGCCGCAGGCAGUGGACCAGGAGGACCUUCAAGAUGCCUAUGGCCAGGAUACCGUUCUUGAUGCUCUCCUGAACAGCGCUGAGGUGGGACCCCUAGUCCGCAAGGUUACAUCUACGGAGACAUUUGAGAUGGAAGAGACAUAUGAACUUCCUCCAGAAGACCAGGAGGAAGCGAAGAAGGAGGUUGCCCUCGCCCUCCUGAGGCUCACAGACCCAGAGGCGUAUGGGGCUGAGAAACUCCGGCUCGACAGAGAGCGAUAUGGGUGGCAGCCCGAGCCCGCUGUCCAGUCAAACACAAUGGGGAUGAUCAACAAAGGCAUUGGAACUGCUCAAGCCAAUCUUGCCCACAACUCAGUCUUGCCACGAUUGAGGGACAACUUUGGUCAGAUGGUGCCUUCCAGUACGACGCCAAUACCAAUUCCCCGACAGUAUCUCCAACAGUACCGGCAGCUCGGCCGUCCCAACACACUAGGGUCUGCUCCUGUUAGACCUAUGCUCGGAGCAGCUCCGGCACCCAGCUUUACACUUCCAAACUCGGAUCUACAGCCUGUCCUUGGAUCGGGAUCGUUUGCCAAGUACCCAGCUGACGGACAUGCCCUACCGUCGCAUGCGACGCCCUCAGCCACACCACAGGCCAACCCGAGUUUAGUCGCCGGUCCGUUUGGCACUCAGCCAGUCGAAACCUUAGCUGCUUCUAAUUCGGCUCCUCAUCCAGCUCCUCGUAACACUCCUCCUACUCCGGCUCAAAAACCAGCUGCUUCUGCUCUGGCGCCUCCUAAUAAAGCGCCGUCUCCCAUGUCUCAGAAGGCUCUGUCACAUGCUCAUGUCUCUGGGAGUCAACAACCUCAGUCAACUACCCCAUCGUUGAUCAUCCCCCUCCCGGGGGCUUCGGCGUCAGUCACUGAUUCAGCGAGGCCCGACCUUCCAGACCUACGACGGAUCUAUCAAGCGCUUUGUGAGGAAGGGAAAGAGGUUGUUUUUACGCCAGAUGCCGUUAUGCAAGGCGUUGAACAAGCACUGCAGGAGAAAGGGUUCAGUUAUAAGACCUUCCCUGCUAGAGACAAGUGGCAAUACCUACAAAAGUGCUGCAGGUUACAUGCACGUUUUGCAGAAGCCAUGCUUUCGGGCUACAUUCAACCUGACCAGCUGGCCACUCGGGAGCGGCGGGACUUGCAAACUAUGGUUACCCGGCUCAAUGGCUUGGCCGAGGACGACUUCAAGCGCGAAGUCUGGGGCUCCCAAGUCGUCCGCAAUAACCAAGCAGCAACAGUAGCACAGCAAAAGCCGCGACCGUCGUCGAAGGUGAAGGACGAAAGUCGAGUCACCAAGGUGAUGAAGGACAAGGAGAAGGCGUCAGGAUCGAUGCCUAAACGGCCACGAGAUUCGAAGGGGCCUAAAACCCCCAACAUUGGACCGAGGCCGGGAGGACGGCAGCAGCCUGUCCGACCCGGAGAUUCAGCCGCCUCGCCGUUUUUAAUUGACUGAGCUAACCGAAUUACGCCCCAAAUUCAGCAGUCGAUCGUAUGUUCCCCCUCAGAUUUCGCGGUUUGCCUUUGUUUUUUCAUCAUCUUCAAUCUCUAUUUCCUUUUCGAGAUGAUACCCUUGGGCUGCUUUACCCACAUUGACGAUUUGCAUCGGCGU